AUGAGCGCUGCUCUACAUGUAGAGUCCUCUGAGCUAUGGUGCGCUUUGGGCUCAAGAUGGCAAUGUCUCAUCGUAGAGUCCUCUGAGCUAUGGUGCGCUUUGGGCUCAAGAUGGCAAUGUCUCAUCGUAGAGUCCUCUGAGCUAUGGAGCGCUUUGGGCUCAAGAAUUUCAAAUAGAAGAGGCGUUCUUUCAAAACGCGUCAUUGUCUUAUGUCAUCAUCAGCCUCUCUCAAAGUCCAUGGGGGAUCAGUUUCGUGAAAGCCAAGGAUCUCCUGUUAAUGGCAAGGGAGAGCCUUGGUGAUGGACCGUGGUGCCUGAUCGGCGCGUACUUUGUUGUCGCGUGAUUUUGGGUUAAAUUCAGCUGGCCUUUCUCUUGGUCUUCGAAAAGAGCGAAUAUUUGCAGGUUAUCUUAGGGAGCAUACACAUGUACAUACAUGUACUAAUUUUUUUCUCAUCCUAUUUUGAACCAUGCACCACCGAUCUAAUGAAGCGAGAAAAUAUACGGCAAGCGGCUAGAACGGAUAGUUGAAUGCAGUAUGAAGGGCAUCAUACUUAUUCAAGAUCUAUUUCAAAUAUCGAAAAUGGGAACAUAUUCUUUGGAUUACCACAAUUCAUUGUUCUUUUCAAGGACUUCAAGCUAGGAUUAGGG